AUGGGAUGGCUAAAAUGCAAUACUGAUGCUGCCUUUGUUUCGCAAAAAAGAAGGGGAAGUACGGGCUUGGCGUUCAGAGAACAUGGGGGGCAGGUCCGAGCUAUGGCAACACGGCCAUUGCAGGCUAUUGUUUCACCAUUCCAUACCGAGUUUCUUGCUUUGUUUGAGGGGACAAAAAUGGCAGAAGGAUUGGGAUAUAACCGAACUGACUGCUCUGUGCUGGCAGCAGUAGUGAACCAAGCAGAGGGUGAUAUAUCCAUGUUUAGAUUUGUCCUUGACGAUUUGAAGGCUCAUUUACAGAAUCAUGUAGAGUUUAAGGUAGUUUUUGCACCUUGUGAGGCAAAUAAGGUAGCAUAUACUCUUGCUACUAAAGCUCUAAAUGCUAGUGUUAGCCAACAUGGUUUGGUACAUUCUAAAUGA